AUGGUCAAAAGAUCAACUCCAAGCAAAAAUAAAAUAAAUAAAGAGGAUAACAAUGAAAAUGAGAAAAUCAAUAAUUCAAAAUUAAAAAGUGCAAUAGUUGAAAAAAAGAUAAAUACUAAAUCAAAUUUUAGAAAUAAUAUUCAAAGUAAUAAUAUUGAAGAAAUUUCUAAUGACGAAUCAUCAAAUAAAAGAUUAAAAACAAAAGAAACAGCUAUUCUAUCAACAAUUACAAGAAGAUCUUCUUUAAAUAAUAAUAAUAACAACAAUCAUGACGAUGAUGCUGAUAGAUAUAUAAAUAAAAAUGAAUCCACAAUAAAAACCAAUAAAUCAACAGCCGCAACAACAGAAACAAUAAUAGAAACAACAACAGAAACAACAACAACACAAACUCCGAAAUUAAAAAAAAAAUAUUCAUUCGAUUAUGAUUUUGAUAGUGUUUAUGUACUCUUAGAACCUUUUUCAACCGAUACUACCAACACCACCACCACAACCUCUACAAACGCCACCCCUACCAAAACAACCAACACCACCAAUAAUAAUAAUAAUAAUAAUAAUAAUAAUAAUAAUAAUAAUAAUAAUAAUAAUAAUAAUAAUAAUAAUAAUAAUAAUAAUAAUAAUAAUAAUAAUAAUAAUAGUAAUAUUGAAGAAAUUUCUAAAGAUGAUUCAUCAAAUAAAAGAUUAAAAACCUUUCACAAUAAAGAGAAAACCCAAUCAACACUUAAAAAUGAUAUUGACUUUCAAAAUGAUCAAAUCACUAAUAAAAAUACAAAAACAAAAGAAACAACUACUCUAUCACCCAAAAUUCCAAUUACUAGAAAAUCUUCUUUAAAUAAUAAUAAUAAUAAUAAUAAUAAUAAUAAUAAUAAUAAUAAUAAUAAUAAAAAUAAUGACAAUAAUAAUAAAAAUAAUGAUAAUAAUAAUAAAAAUAAUGAUAAUAAUAAUGAUAUUUUAGAUAAUGAUAGAAUUAAAGAACCAAAAUACAUUGUAAAUAAAUCUCCAAUGACAAGAAGGUCCUCUACCUUACUAAAUAAAGUUCAUAUUGACCAUUAUUUACCUAUAAAUACCAAAAAUAGAGCAACCACUAAAACCUCGCCAAUUUCAUCCAACAAAAACAGUGAAAAUAAAAAUAAUAAUGAUGAUAAUAAUAAUAAAGCCAGCUCAACCAACUCUAAUAACAUUACACCAAUUAAAAAACGAAUUGUACCAACAAAUAAACCAAUAACAAGAAGAGCUUCAAUCAAUGAUAGUGGUUCUAAAGUAAAUGGUAAACCAAAUGCUUUUACAACAAAAGAUACACAAAAUGAAAUAUCAAAUGAUAAAACAAACAAUAAAACUAAUAAUAUAGAAAAUGAUACAUUGGAUAACAUAAUAAUAAUAAAUGAUUCAACAGAUGAUUUAGAAAAUGAAGUAGUAUCAGAUGAUAAAACAAACAAUAAAUCAAAUGAUUUAGAAAAUGAUACAUUGGAUAACAUAAUAAUAAAUGAUUCAACAGAUGAUUUAGAAAAUGAAAUAUCAAAUCAUGAUAAAACAAACAAUAAAAUGAAUGAUACAGAAAAUGAUACAUUGGAUAACAUAAUAAUAAUAAAUGAUUCAACAAAUGAUAUAGAAAAUGAAAUAUCAAAUCAUAAUAAAACAAGUGAUAUAGAAACAAAUGAUAUAGCAGGUGAUAUAGAAGAUCCUAUAAUAAACGAUACAACAAAUGAUAGUGCAAAUGAUAUGCUAAUGAACGAUGAUGAUGAUGAUGAUGACCAUGAUUAUCAUACAACAAAUGAUAUAGCAGGUGAUAUAGAAGGUCCUAUAGUAAAUGAUACAACAAAUGAUAGUGCAAAUGAUAGUGCAAAUGAUAUGGUAAUGAAUGACGACCACGAUGAUGAUCAUACAAUAAAUGAUAUAGCAGGUGAUAUGGUAAAGAACGAUGAUGACCACUAUGAUGAUCAUACAACAAAUGAUAUAGAAAAUCCUAAAUUAAAUGAAACAACAAAUGAUAUAGCAAGUGAUAUAGAAAAUCCUAUCGUAAACGAUACGACCAAUGAUAGUGUAAAUGAUAUGCUAAUGAAUGAUGAUGAUGAUGACCAUGAUCAUGCAACAAAUGAUAUAGCAGAAAAUCCUAUAGUAAAUGAUACAACAAAUCAUACAUCAAAUGAAAUAGCAUGUGAUAUAACAAAUGAUAUAGUAAACUAUACAACAAAUGAUAAAGCAUGUGAUAUAGUAAAUGAUAUAGUAAAUGAUACAACAAAUGAUAUAGCAAGUGAUAUAGUAGCAAAUGAUAUAGUAAAUGAUACAACAAACGGUACAACAAAUGACAUAGGAAAUGAUAUAGCAAAUGGUAUAGCAAGUGAUAUUGCAAGUGAUAAAGCAAGUGAUAUGGCAAAUGAUAUAGAAAAUGAUAGAGUAAAUGAUACAAAAAAUGAUAUAACAAUUGAUAGCACAAAUGAUAUAACAAAUGAUAUAACAAAUGAUGUUCCAAAUGAUAUAGUAGCAAGUGAUAUAACAAACAAUCAUGAUAGAGUAAACGAUACAACAAAUGUUAGUGUAACAGAUAGUGCAAGUUAUAUAGCAAAUGAUAGUGUAAGUGAUAUAACAAGUGAUAUAGAAAAUCAUAGAGUAAACGAUACAUCAAAUGAUAGUGCAAAUGAUAGUGCAUAUAACAUGAUAAAGAACGACCACGAUGAUACUAUAAAUGAUUUAAUGAACGAUGACACUACAAAUGAUAUGAUAAACAAUUCAACAACAACAACUGAUAUAACCAUUGAUAGAACAACAAGCAGUAUUGGAAAUUAUUUAUUAAACCAUACAACAGAUGAUAUAACAACUCCAACCCCAACUCCAACUCUAACUCCAACUCCCACUCCAACUCCAACUCCAACUCCAACUCCAACUCCAACUCCAACACCAACAAAAGAUAGUAAAAAACAUAAUUCUAUCAAUACUCCACUCACUAGAAGAUCAUCACCCCAAUUCAAUAGGGUAGCGGAGAAAAGUACUGAUAAAAGUAAAACUACCACCACUACAACAACAACGACAAAUAGUUCAAGCUAUCAACCUCAAAAUAAUAUUGAUAAUGAUAAUAAUGAUAAUAAUAAUGAUGAUAAUGAUAAUGAUUGUGAUAAUGAUAAUGAUAAUGAUAAUGAUAAUGAUAAUGAUAAUGAUAAUGAUAAUGAUAAUGAUAAUGAUAAUGAUAAUGAUAAUGAUAAUGAUAAAAUUUCAAAACCAAUAACAAGAGUAAGAACUAGAGAUGAAAACAAUAAUAUUAUUCAUAAUAAUAAUAAUAAUAAUAAUAAUAAUAAUAAUAAUAAUAAUAAUAAUAAUAAUAAUAAUAAUAAUAAUAAUAAUAAUAAUAAUAAUAAUAAUAAUAAUAAUAAACCAAGUACAAUAGAUAAAACUGCUAAAGACAUUGAAAAAGAAGUGGAUGAACUAGAGGAAGAAGAGGAGGGAGAGGAAGAAGAAAAAGAAGAAUAUGACGAUUAUGACGAUUAUGAUGAUUAUUACUAUGGCGGUUUCAAUAAUGAAAAUGAAGAUGAAGAUGGAAAUCAAUAUGAACAAGAAGAUGAAAAUAAUGAUCAUGAUGAUGAUGGCUAUGAAAAUAAAAUCAUAAAAUCAUAUCCAAUAGGAAGUUUUUCAUUAGUAGUUCAACAUAAUGAUAUAUUUAAAAUGCAUUUAAAUUGUUUUCAUCGUUUAUUAAUUAAUUAUUUAGGAUCAUUAGAUUCAUUAAAGGCAUUUAUAAGAUACUGGAAUGGUAAAAAAUUUGAAGGUUAUAAACAUUUUUUAAUUAAAAAUGAUGAUUAUUAUGAAAAUCAAAGAAAAAUAAAUUUAAAUGAAAUUAAUCAUAGCGAUGAUGAUGAUGGUUCUAGUGAAAAUGAAAAAGAUAAAGAAAAAGAAAACAAUAAUAAUAAUAAUGAAAUUGAUUCUAUGAUUAAUAAUAUUAUUAAUGGUAAUGCUAAUAAUAAUAAUAAUAGUGAUGAUGAUGAUGAUGAUGAUGAUGAUAAUGAUGAUGAUAAUAAUGAUGAUAAUAAUGAUAAAUUAUCAUAUAAAGAAUCUCAAGAAUUAUUUAAAAAUUUAUGUAAAAGAUUUCUUGAGGAGAAUAAUGAAAUGUUUGAAAAUGGACCAAGUUAUGGAAUAUUAGCAGAUAUUGAUUUUAUUGGAUUAAAGAGUAAUGCAAAGAGAAGAGGAAAAGUUUGGAAAGCUUAUCAAUCAAAGGUACUUCAAGGUGCACCCACUGUUACGUAUAGAUCGGAUUUGAUAACUGAGAAAUUGAAGAAAUAUUUAGAACCUUUGUCGAAUCAUUGUUAUUGUAGGAUUGAAAAUGGCGUUAUUUGGAUACGUCUAUUUUUCUCGCCUUUGGAAUUUGACCCCAUCGGUGUACAGAAUUUAGUUUACAUUAAACAUUUCAUUGGAUCAAAUUAUUACUUUAUCAAUUGUGGUGGUAGUGUAAAUAGAUUGGAGAAUCUGAAUUCUGCAAAACAUUGUUUACAAAUGACAUUUUCGUUAUCGAAUUUGACAGAAACAAUCUCUAAAAAUAGUCUUGACCAAUUGGAGGAUGCAAUUUCAACGUAUUCAGGCAACAUUGGCUCAACCUCAUUACCCACCACUUCAUCAGUAUUCUCACAAGAGAAUAUCUUGGGUGUCAUACCAUCUGAGAAGAAAAGAGAUUACUCUUCAGUUUUCACUACUCAAACUAGAGAACAAUCUCAAUCAAUUCAUCAAAGUAAUUUAGAUUCUCAAAAUGAUCAAAUUAAAAUCAUCUCACAAUUUGGUAUUGAUUCAUGUGAAAAUUUAAUUUUAGAAAAAAGAACACCAAUUAAAUUAAAUAAUAAAAAUAAUAAUAAUAAUAAUAAUAAUAAUAAUAAUAAUAAUAAUAAUAAUAAUAAUAAUAAUAAUGAUAAUAAUGAUAAUAAUGAUAAUGAUAAUAAUGAUUCAUUUAAAUUAUUUAAUGAAAAAAUAACAUUAGAUGUAAAUUUACCAUUGAUUGAAAGUAAUGAUUUUUCAUUCAAUUGUCAAAUAAUACUUCAAGGUAAAAAUCCAGUUAAAGGUAUAACUAAAUUAAGAAAUUCUUCAAUUAUAAAGGAUUUACAUCCAUCAAUUUUAAAUAAUUAUAGAAGAACAAAUUUUAUACAUCUUAAGAGUAUAAAUAAAAAAUAA